UUCAACCACUGCCCCACUUCGCCGUGUGGAGGAGAGGGUGCAGUCUGCGGGAGCCUGCGCGCCUUGUUGUUGGAUACGGCUCGGCCCGGGGACGUCGGCGCUCACGGGGCCCCUCACCGCCCUCAUCAUGGAGUUUUUAAUGGGGAACCCGUUCAGCACGCCGGUGGGACAGCGCAUCGAGCGUGCAACCGGCUCCAGCUUACCAUCUGAGGACUGGGAACUCAACAUGGAAAUCUGCGACAUGAUCAACAGCUCAGAGGAAGGACCCAGAGAUGCAGUCCGAGCCUUGAAGAAAAGGAUUGUGGGGAACAAGAACUUCAAGGAGGUUAUGCUGGCCCUAACUGUCUUGGAAACCUGCGUGAAGAACUGCGGCUACAGGUUUCACAUCCUGGUAACGACGCGAGAUUUCAUUGAGGGAAUUCUGGUGCGGUCGAUCAUUCCGAGGAACAACCCUCCGUUAAUCCUGCAUGACAGAGUGCUGGGCAUUAUACAGGCGUGGGCUGAUGCAUUCCGUAGCUCACCAGACCUGACGGGUGUGGUGUCUGUGUACGAAGACUUGCGAAGGAAAGGACUCGAGUUUCCCAUGACUGAACUUGAUGGUUACUCACCGGUUCAAGCAUCCAAAAAGACUUUGCCUGGGAAUGGGCCUGCUGUUACUACUCUUCCUGCUGCCGUCCUAUCCUCUAAACCUCCGCUCAUCCCAUCUCAGACUUCUGAGCUAAAACUCGCCCUUGAGGGAAGCAAUGCCUUCACUCCCAGCCAGAUAAAAAAGCUGAAGAUAGAACUGGGAGUGGUGCGAAGCAACCUCACCAUGAUGUCCGACAUGAUGAGUCAGCUUGACCCGGUCACGGUAAAACAAGCAGACAUGGAGCUGCUGGAGCAGUUAUACACAGUGUGUAAGGAAAUGCAAGACAGGAUAGUGAAGAUCGUCCCCAGGCUCAGCGAAGAGAAGCUGAUCGAAGAGAUACUGGCGACUAACGAUGAAAUGAACACCGCCUUCAGUCGCUACCAGAGGUUUGAAAGACGAUUGACAAAUGGUCAAAGUACAGCACAGAAGAGCCACACAUACGUCAACCUAGCAGACCUCGAUCUGAAAACCGACUCUGUCAGCCAAUCGGGGUUUGCAUCAGUUACCAGUGAUAGCUCCCUCAGCUUGUCAAAAGCCGACAGUUUGUCCAGUCAGAUGGCAAAACUUAGUACAAGUGAAUCAGAUGACUUGUUAUCACCGAAAACCAGUGACCCUACUCAACAAAGACCAAGUGACCAGAGUGACGCUGCAGUGGACGGCCAGGCUCAGCCUCAGGACUGCGCACUGCAAAAUGCUGGAACGGAUGGCAGUCCAGCCUCAUCCCACAGCUCCUCACCAAAAUUAGAUUGGAUGAUUAAAAGGGGAAUGAUUCCUAUCAACCAAUCCACUGUAAUGGAUGAUAUUGAGAAGUGGCUUGCGUUGGAUGAUGAGUAUGAUGACUUUGAGGACUCUGAUGGUGUGACCAGUGAAGAGUUCGACAAGUUUUUAGCAGAAAGAGCGAAAGCAGCCGAGCGUCUGCCAUCACUGAGAGCCUCCGCGCAAGAUGCGAGCCAGUCCGAGUCUUAACCCACACUGGAACAUGCCAAACUAACACUAACUCAUGAAGCUCCUGCACGGGAAAAUGGAGAUCUCUCAUUGAUCAGUGGUUGACUGGAACAUUUGACGUCGGAGGUACAUCCCACGUUUGAAGGAAGGACGUCACAAGUGUGUCGCUUGCUCUUUGCUGAAGGGCAAACCUGUUUUUAACCGAUAUAAAUAAUGUUAUGUGACAGAGGGAAGUGGUUUUUACUUGUGAUAAGGGUUUGUCUUGAGCAAAUGUUUGCACAUUUUAUAUGGUUACAUUCCUGCUGAUGAAGGAGAGAGAAGACGUUACAAAUAAACUGUAUUAUAUUGCUGUUAAAUAUAUAUAUAUAUAUUGUUAAAGAUGAUGGUUUACAGGAAACUGCUGCUGUCACAUAAGCAAACGCUGUAACAUUGUAAGAGAAGCUCAGCUAUACUAUACUGUAAUGGAGUGAGGCUUCACGUGCUGUCGGAUGUUGGAGAUGUUUUUUUUUUACAUCCAGAUUUUCCCUAAGAAGAUGUCUUACUUACUUGAAGUUUAAGAGGAAUUGAUGACAGACUGCUGUCAUAUAAUAAACUAAAACUAUUAACUGUA